AUGCCUCGAGGUGCCAACACCAGCCUUCCGACGGCGACCUGCACAUCUGACGAAAGAUCGCGGCUGAACUUGUUGGAAGCCCAAGUCAACGAACUGGCAGCACGACUUGCUCAAGUCGAAUCUCGCGCGCCAUCCAGGUCUACGAUAUCCACGGUCAGCCGACAAGACACACAGAGCUCAGACCGGCCGCCAAGCUCGAACAGCAGUACAGACAGCCUUUCAGAAUACUCCUCGACCUCGUCUGAUGGCCAGCAUUCGCCAACAUCAAGCGUCAGCCUCCCGUUCGCGCUGAAGUUCAGCGUGCUCGACUCAAAGCAUAGAGAUCCUGCACCGGAGAGGACCAAAGCUGUUUGGAAGCAUUACGUCGAAGUCAUCGACCCGCUGCUCAAGAUUGUUCACCUCCCUUCAAUUCAGCACCUCUUCCUGCCACAGGCGAACGAACUUGAAGACGCAUCUCAAGAUGCCAGAGCUCUCAAAUGGGCCAUCUGCUUCGCCUCCUCCAUCAGCCAGGACAUCUCCAAAGCCCACUCACCAAAACACACGGCUCUCGGCUCCCUCACCAAAAUCUACCAACACUCCUUCGAAACCUGCCUCGCCAAAGUCCGCUUCCUCGCCACACCCACCAUCACAUCCCUCCAAGCCCUCACAAUCUACCUAACCAUCGGGUCCAAAGUGCUCGACCAGACCUACGUCUGGUCCCUAACCGCCAUCCUCGUCCGCCUAGCCUACAAACUAAAACUCCACCACGACCCAGAUCCCCAAGACGUUCCCUUCCAGGAAGCUGAAUACCGCCGCCGUCUCUGGUGGCACAUCUGCACCCUCGACGCCCUCACGGCCGAAACAAACUCCACAGACCCCCUAAUCUACGAACGACAGACCACCACCUCCUUCCCAGCAUCGAUCCAAGACACCGCCUUCCACCACCCACCCACUCACCAACCACAGCGCCACGCCCCCGACAUGUUCGCCCCCCUCCUCCGCUUCGAAACAACCUACUACAUCCGCACGAUCCUCUACUCCCCCACCUUCGCGGAAGAAAACAAUUUCCCGCCCCUAUCCCUCGAAGGCAAACUCUCCAUCAUCGACUCCCUCCAAAAAACCCUCGAGGACAAGUAUUUCCGCCACUGCAUCUGCCUCUCCCGCUCGCCGGUCUGCACGCUCGCGAUGCUCGCCUCCAAAGCCACCGUCGCAGGCCUGACGCUCAAACUCUUCUUCCUGAACCAAACCCCCACCACCACCCCUUCAUCCCCCGGAGGCAGAUUCGCAGAACAGACCCUCCUCGCGAGCACCUCCCUCCUCGAAGCCCGCCGCGCGCUGCACUCCGACCCGGCCCUCGCCCCGUGGUCCUUCCUCUUCAAACCCGACAAGAGUGUCGAGUUCGACGCCGCGGAAAUCUGUCUCUCCACACUCGCCACCACGCGGACUCGUCCCGCCAUAACGUCGCGCGCGUGGUCCGCCGUGGAUGGGUUCUUUGACGCGCGGAAAAGUGGGAGCCGGCAAACCCACGAAAGGGCGGUGGAGGGAUCUAGAGGCUCUGCGCGAGAAAGCUCUCAAAGCUCGCGGCAAAGUCGGAGGGGGAGGAAUAAGUCCCUUGGGUCGACACGAGGGGCGGAUGAGGAUGAGUGUUGUGGGUCUACCUUCUCAACCGACGGCUUUGAAAGCUGA